AUGUCUUUCCGGUUUUCUGGAGGAUCCAGGAGGGUCUGCUUGAGAGCAAACCCCCGCCGGCUGUCGAAUGGAGGAGCUGCCUUUGGUGCUGGAAAUGCCUGUACUGCAACGGGAGCUGGGAGCAGCUUUGCUUGUGCCCUUGGUAGUGUUUCUUCUGGGGGAGCUUUCGGGAAUAGCGGUGGAGGGCUGGGGAGUGGUCUCUAUAAAGGUUUUCUUGGAAAUGAAUAUGGUGUCUUCACUGGGAAUGAGAAGGUGACCAUGCAGAACCUCAAUGACCGCCUGGCCUCCUACCUGGACCAUGUGCAAGCUCUCGAAGAAGCCAAUAGAGAACUUGAGCAGAAAAUCAAGGGUUGGUAUGAGAAAUAUGGACCUGAUUCUGUCCGAGGACUUGAUCGUGACUAUAGUCGUUAUUUCUCCAUCAUUGAAGAUCUUAAAAAGCAGAUUGUUUCUGUGACCAACUGCAAUGCCAGCAUUGUUCUACAAAAUGACAAUGCCAGACUGACGACUGAGGACUACAAGCUGAAGUAUGAAAACGAGCUCGCCCUGCACCAGAGCGUGGAGGCUGACAUCAACAGCCUUCAGAGACUGUUGGAGGAACUCACCCACUGUACAGCCGACCUAGAGAUACAGUGUGAAACGCUUGGUGAGGAGUUGAUGUCACUCAAGACUAAUCAUGAGGAGGAAAUAAAGGUUCUGCAAAGUGCAGCAGGAGGAACGGUGAACGUGGAGAUGAAUGCAGCCCCCGGAGUGAACCUAACCAUUCUGUUGAACAACAUGCGUGCGGAGUAUGAGCUGUUGGCUGAGCAGAAUCGCAGGGAUGCUGAAGCAUGGUUUGACGAGAAGAGUGCUUCCCUGCAACAGCAGAUCUCCGUCGACGAGGGAGCAGCCACCGCAGCCAGACAUGAGCUCAUGGAACUGAAACGCAAUCUACAAACCUUGGAAAUCGAAUUCCAGUCUGUGAUGGCCAUGAAACAUUCCUUUGAAAGCUCAUUGGCAGAGACAGAAGGGAAUUACUAUCUUCAGCUCCAAAAAAUCCAGGAUCAGAUCCAAGCCAUGCAGGAGCAAUUGCAACAGAUCCGAACUGAAACCGAAGGCCAGAAGCUGGAGUAUGAACAACUUCUCAAUAUCAAAAUACUUUUAGAAAAAGAAAUAGAAACCUAUUGCAAAUUAAUGGAUGGUGAAGAAAGCAACAGCAAAAAAACAGGUUACAAAGCCAAAGGAUGUGGGCCUGUGAACUCUGAAAGCCAAAUCGAAGACUCAAAAGAAGAAAUUGUUGUCAAAACAGUGGUUGAGGAACUAGAUCAACUUGGCAACGUCCUUUCACUGAGGGUCCACUCUAUUGAAGAAAAAUCCUCUAAAAUAAGCAACAUUACAAUGGAACAACGAGUACCUUCUAAAGCACCACAGUGA